AUGAUUCUCACCUACGCUCGGAUACCGUACGAAUGCAGAGAUAUCAAUCGCGAUGAUUUCAUUCUUGAAGACUAUCCAUUCUACUCCCUACCGAUGCUUGAAGUGAACGAACGUAAACUUGGAAAUGUGCCAUCAAUUUGCCGACAGUUGGGAUGGAGAUACGAGCUCAGCGGACAAAAGUACGGUGAUGAUUCCGAGGUGGAUAUGAUUGCCGAGAAAACGUACGAGGCAAGAAUUCGAAUAAAAAACUGGUUGGAUCAUCUCGAUCAUCGAGAGGACCAUGAAUGUGAUGAAACCUGUGACGGAGAUGAUGCAAUUUCUUACUUGGAAUCAAAUCUUCUUCCCAUCAUUGAGUACACACUUCGACGCAGUAGCUCACCAUGGCUUUCAUCCCACAAAGUGAGUCCUCAUUGCUGA